CACACACACACAGGUGUGUCUGUGACACACUUCCUCUUGAACUUUGCUUCCAGAGCAAAUGUCGACAUGGCUGCAGAGGAGCUGGAUAGAAUGAAUGUCAUCGCUCACCUGUCCAACCAAGCUCUUCAUGAGUAUGAAAGCCUACAGAGGAAGCACGAGACCGCAGCCAUGGAGUGUAAGAGGCUGGAGGAGGAGAGAGACAAAGCCAUCACAGAGCUCAAUGAGAUCCAACAAGUGUCUCAGAUGGUCAUUGAAGAGGUCAGUGCUAUUCAGGAGGACCUGGAGAUUGAGAGGACAUGUAGAGAAAGUGCUGAAGCCCUGGCCUCCAAGCUGAAUCGUCAGAACCGCUCUCUGAAGAGGAAGAGCAUGCUGAUGCUGUCUCACCUCAGCCCAGACACCAUCGCACAGAUCCAGCUGGACGAUGAUGAGGAGGAAGAGGAGGGCAAAGACAUGGAUUCAGUCAGUAAUGGCUGCCUCUCCCCUCACUGCCAGACCUCCAUCUCAGAGUUACAGUGUAAGUUGGAGUUAAGCUGCGAGGAGAAACAUCAAGCAGUGACUGGUCUUGAGGCAGUAAAGGAAAAACUGAGGGAAACAAGGGAAGAACUGCUGAAAGAGAAACAUGACAACACUGUUUUAAUUGCUGAGACAGUGCGGCUCAAGAAGCUGCUGCAGAAAUACAACAGAGUUUCUCAGUUUGCUUUGGAGGAAUACAAAGUCUUACAGGACACUCUGGGCCUGGAGCAGAAUCUGAGGACGGAGGCAGAGAACUUUGGAAGAGCAAUGUUGGUCGAGCAAAAGAAGCUAAAGCGACAGAGUCAGAUCCUGAUGCAGAACUCCUCACCCAGCCAGGCCCUGCAAGAGGCGCUCAGCCAGAUCUCCACCCUGACCCAGGACCUGGAGGCACAGAGGCUGCAGCACCAGCACCAGAUAAAGCAGAUGGAGGACAGGCUGAGGAGCUGUGACACUCAGAGGGAGCUGACAGCAUUGAGGCGCAAACUGGAGCUUGUGGAGGAGGAGAGGAGGGAGUACAGUGACAAAUGCACCAAGACUGAAGUGGAGGUCAAGGAUCUGCGCUUUACAGUUGAAGAGCUCCAGAAGAAGCUGCAAGCAGCUACCAACCCACCCCCUGCUCCUGCUCCUCCUCCUCCUCCUCCUCCUCCUCCUCCCCCCCCACCACCUCCACCUGCUCUGGCCUCCAACCCGCUCAGCUCACUGUUGUCACUGAUCAGAAAGAAGAAAGACCUCAGCUCUGACAUCCCUCUGCUGGUCCAGGACUCUGCCAAGACAGCAGAACCAGAAGUGAACGUCAGACAGCAGGCGGUGGAUGAAAUGAUGCAGCGGAUCAAGAAAGGUGUUCAGCUUCGCCCGGUCAGCAGCCGCUCAGCCAGCAGACCCAGGAAACAGAGGCUGCCGUCUAAUUCUGCCAUUCAGGAACUUAAAGGAAUCAUGGACCAUUUCAACAGAUCGUCCCCUCAACCAAAGGCCGCGCCUCCAUCCACCAACAGUGAUGACGAGCUGCAGAAGAUUCUGCUGCGGCGACGAGGAGCGUUGGAGAGCUGACCCACGACAGUCUCCACUCCACCGGACUGAGGUGGACCCUGAAAACACAGGCUGGAUGUGUCUGAAGGCAAAAAUCAAUGUUUAUCAUGUCAUCUGUCUGUCUGUCUGUCUGUCUGUCAGGAGUGUGCAACAUGACCAUGUGACCAGAGAAACAAAGUUCUACCCAGAGAUGAAGUAAAGUCUUGUUUAUUUCUGGUCAAAAAGUCCUGGUCAACAAAGACAGGAUGCACUUUGUUUAACUUUUUCUUUUGGCUCCUCCCUCUCUCGAGGGCAUUUCUCUGGACUCCUGUUGUAAAACCUGCUUAUUUCCCUUUGACUCCUGUUGUUUAUUGGAUGAUUGAAGUCUGAAGAAACAAGACAUAUUAACACUUGAACAAUGUAUCCAUUCAGCAGCAUGUGAACAUGCAUAAGCAUGAGCUGAGGUCGCUGUCACAAUAAGUUUAGAACAUAUUAUGAGGAGUCAGUGUUGGACAAGCAGGUUGAGAGGAGGGUCAGAGGUUAGCAGGAGCACACAUGAAAAAACACAGGGAUCAUUCAGCUCUUUUUUCUCAUACUAAAGGGAAAGCCCACGUUAUUGUUUUGCACAGCGAGUGAACAAUGAAGCUGGAUUUUUUGCAGCCUUGAGUAUUUCUUAGAAUGACUGUGUCUAGACGAGUGGUAACCUUGUAGCCACCCAGUGAGCAAUUACAGGCCACAUUUGGGUUCCACCUCUCCCCUCACUCACUCAUGUAACCACCGCCAUUUUAUGUUCACCAGACAAGAUACCAAUUUUCAGCAACUUUGAUUUUAAAAUUGUAAAACAAUAAAAGGGUAAGAAAA